GGCGUACGAGUCGCCAUGCUGCAGUUAACCCUGUCACUGCUGCAUGACAGGCCCUUCGCGUGCGUUAGUGACUUCUCUCUUGUGCGGUGUGUUCGUGAAUUCCGACUCCGGGUCCGUUCACAGCCAUGAACGAGGAAGAGGUCCUUAAGUAUUUUGAAGACCAGUUAAAAAAGGAUUGCAAUGUUGCUACUGCAGUGGCGGCUAUCAAAACCUUGUUGGAGUUCUUAAAGAGGGAUACAGGUGGAACCAUCCAGGGCCUUAUAGGAAGUCUAAAAGAUGCAAUUAAAACUCUCUCUAAAGUGGAUUCCUCUGUCUCCGUGUCAUCCGGAGGAGAACUAUUUUUGAGGUUUAUCACACUCACAUCCGAAUUGGAGCACUCUGAUUAUGACAAAUGCAAAAAGAUGAUGAGCGAAAGAGGCGAGCUUUUUCUGAAGAGGAUCUCGUUGUCUAGAAACAAAAUAGCAAAGCUUUGCUGUCCUUUUAUAAAGGAUGGAGCUAAAAUUCUCACGCACGCUUACUCCAAAGUGGUCUUUAACGUUUUGAAAGAAGCUGCAGAUGCAAAGAAACGUUUUAGUGUCUACAUAACAGAAUCUCAACCAGAUCUUGCAGGGAAGAGUAUGGCCGAGGCUCUGAGGAAUAUUAAUGUCCCUGUGACUGUAAUCCUGGAUGCUGCUGUGGGUUACAUCAUGGAGAAAGUAGACCUGGUCAUCAUAGGAGCUGAAGGGGUAGUGGAGAGCGGAGGAAUCAUUAAUAAGAUUGGCACCAAUCAGAUGGCUGUAUGUGCCAAAGCUCAGAAUAAACCAUUUUACGUAGUGGCAGAAAGCUUCAAGUUUGUCAGACUAUUUCCUCUCAACCAAAGAGACGUUCCGGAUAAGUUUAAGUACAAAGCAGAUACACAGCAGCAGAACAAGGACCUUGUGGAGGAGCACCCCUGGAUUGAUUACACCUCUCCAUCACUGAUCACAUUACUAUUCACAGACCUUGGUGUCCUAACCCCAUCUGCCAUAAGUGAUGAGCUCAUAAAACUUUACUUGUAACAUUAAAAAAAAGUUAAUUUAAAAAAAAA